UUGGAAGAGUAUAUAAUAAAAAAAAUAACAAAUCAUGACAAAGUUAUUUUUAUAAAAUAAUUAUUAAUUUAUAAAUUAUUAAAACUUAUUUUGACAUGCUCAAUCAAACACACACUUAAUCCAAAUUUAGAAGAAUGGGAGUAUGAGAUUAGAAAGUAACCCAAUAGCGAUUUGAAGCAUAACCGCCAAAAACAAGACAAGCGUCAAAUGUAGGUGAGCACUGAGCGACGUUCAUUAUCCACAUUCAUAUCACACUCCCUCACUCUCUCUCUCUCUCUCUCUCUCUGAAAACAAAACAUGGUAGCUCGCCUCAUCUUCUUCCUAACAUUCUUGACUCUCAAUUCACAGUCACUCCCCACAGCCACAGACCCCAUUCUCUAUGACAUUUACCCCUUCAUCAGAGUCUACAAGAACGGCACAAUCCAGAGAUUCAUCGGCCAAGAUUUCGCUCCGCCCUCCACCGAUCCAACCACCGGCGUCCGCUCCAAAGACGUCCAUUUCUCUCAUCUCUCCGCCAGGCUCUACCUCCCCAAAAACGCCGCCCGCAAGCUCCCCCUCCUAAUCUACUUCCACGGCGGCGGCUUCUUCACCGAGUCCGCUUUCUCCCCCACCUACCACCACCACCUCAUCUCCCUCGUCGCAACGGCUCAGAUCGUGGCCGUCUCCGUCAAUUACCGGUUAGCCCCUGAGCAUCCCCUCCCCGCCGCCUACCAAGACGCAUGGCUCGCACUCCAAUGGACUUUCUCUCACUACACCGACCCAUGGCUCAAGAGGCACGCCGAUUUCGACCAAUUUUACUUGGGCGGAGACAGCGCGGGAGCCAACAUCGCGCACCGCAUGGCCGUCAGGGUGGGCCCGGGGGUCAAUCUGCGAGGGAUGUUCCUCAACUGCCCCUUUUUCCUAGGGAAGAAAGCCAUCGGGAAUGAAUCGGGAGAUGUGUACGCGGAGACGCAGAUGCGGAAGCUGUGGCUCUACGCCUACCCGAAUAGCACGGGUCUGGACGACCCCUUGGUGAACCCGGGUAUGGAUCCGGGUCUCGGGAGGGUGGGGUGCCAACGGGUGCUGGUGUACGUGGCCGGAAACGACGUGUUGAGGUUCAGGGGGCGGUACUAUGCGGCGGCGCUGGGGCGGAGCGGGUGGAAGGGGGAGGUCAAAGUGGUGGAGGUUCAAGGAGAGAGCCACGUCUUCAAUUUGAUUAACCCCAAUAGCUCUAAGGCUGUCGCCAUGCUCCGAGUUCUGGCUUCUUUCCUCAACUAUUCAUGAUUUUAUUAUUUUUUGUUUUUGUUUUUGUUUUUGUUUUUAUGAAGAAAAAUUACUAGUUGAAUGAAACCGUGUUUAUCCGUUUUGUCUGGA